CCAGCGGUUGUUGCUCUUCAUUCAGUCCGUUUGCCACUUUCCUAGGAUUGUUUUAAUCCGUGAUACAAUUACACCAUGACGUUCUUACUUGGAUUACCUGCUCUUGUCUUGAUAAGUGUACACACUAUAGCUUUCUCUGCCGCCAAUGAGUUCUGUCACCGAGGCUUUCAGGCGGCCGCCAAGUACCACGAGUGCUGGGAGUCUGCGACCUACGCCAACAAGUACCCCCAGCUGUACGAGCCGCACAAGGAAUACACGCAAGACUUUCUGCAGGGGUACGCCGUCCAUAUGUGUAGCGUGGUGAAACCCCAGGCACUAGAGUGUUUUAAGAAGGAGGUGGCCGACUGCUCCAACGCCAACAAACUGGUCACCAUCGCUAACGAGAGUGGCGGGGCUUGUGAGGGGGAUCAUCUCAACCCGUUCUUUAAAUCACAUAUCAUCGACCAUCUACAGACCGUACCUGGAGACUCCCCAUGUUUUGACAUUGCCGACUCGUCCUAUCAAUGUUAUGUAGCGGCUGGUCAGCAGAUCAUGGACAGUGGGGUGGACACGGUGGACAUCAGCAGAUUCCACAAAGUGGCAGACAAAUUCUUCAACAUCAUAUGGGACUGCCUUAUCGACGUGUUCAAAUCAAACUCCGACAAAUGCAAGCAGUGGCAGCUGCCCAUGUUGUUGGCACUCCAGAAGACGGCCAUGCCCUCGUUGUUUGGGAUGAAGCUCAAUAGGGACCAGGUGGCCAAACUCGAGCUCGAAGACGCCAGUAAACUCCCCACGACUAAAGCGCCCCCUGUUGACACGUGCAAGCACGACAAUGACAACGUUUUGUUGCUGCUUAAGAUAUUAACGGAUAAAUCCCAGGCUAAGAAGGGAGAUUUGUUGUUACAGAUCAACUCGGAAAGUGGGAAGCCAGAGCUAGUGGUGGCCGGUGACAAGGUCCAAGACGGUAAAGACGUGGACAACUACAUCAAGCAGAUGCUGGAGAACGAGGCCACGUCCCUGUCGGCAGACCAGAUCAAACAGAUGAGGAAAGAGUUGAAGAAGAAAAACAAGGAUAUAAAAAACUACAUCAAUCGCAUAAAGCAAGCUCAGAACAAAAGCAAGCAAGACAAAAAGGGGAAAACAGCAAAGCCAAAAAUAGUUGAUGAAGAUGAAAUGAUGAUUAACAAAUAAAUAAACACGUCCACACAAAGGCAUGUUUCAAGGGGAAGUAACUAUCUAUCAACACAACCUGAGUUAUGAUGCUUAACUGUGUAGUUAAAUAUUAAUUUUCUGACGUACUCAAUGAAUUUAUGAGGUUGUACAAAACACAAUCAGUUGCUGAUGGGAUACAACUCUGCCUAACACAAACUAACCUUUAAAAUGUGCAAUACAUUCAUUAACACUAACAGAAUAUGGAAUAUGAAAUUUUAUUGCUUAUUAUAACAAUGAUUCUUGUGAUAAAUUAUUGAACUGUUUUCUAUGUUUUUAAUGUCUUCUAUUCCUUAAAAUAAAUUAUCGUGACAUUUUUAAAGUAAGGUUUAAAAAAAACAAUACCAUGAAAGUUACUGUUUUUUUAAAUAUGGGUGUAUUAAAUUCUUUUGGAAAAUAACUGUAUCUUCUUAUUGAGGAAAGGAUUUAAUUAGGUUUUCUUCAAGGUUUCCUAAGCAGCUAAUUAUUGCCGAGCGUUACAUGCAAUAAAAUGUUUCAGCCAAGAAAUAAGGGAGAAGUUAAGAACAUGAAUAUUACAGCAAAAAAAUAACCAUUUAGAACAUUUUUGUCUUUGCUUCUUAUUUAUCUGAAUUUAUUGUUUAAAAUGUAAUAUUAUUUUGUCCAUCAUUGUGUAUCUCCAAAAGCAACAUCUGACCCAAGGAUAAAUUGGUCCUAUUUUUUCUACUAUGGUCAAAUCCUGAGAGUGACACUUUUUUCUGAAAGUCAGCUUUGUUUAGACUGUUAUAAUUAGAGUUAGACUUUUCAAAGUCUGCUUUGUUUAGAAUAACUAUAGAGCAAAACUUGUUCAAAAAUUCUCCUCUGUUUAGAUUAAAUAUAGAGCACGACUUUUUUCCUGAGAGUCUGCCCUGUUUAGACUGAGAAGCUCACUAGCUUAGACAGACAAGUAUUUUAUAAGGCAUGUUUGCAUUACAAAUUUUAUAAUGCUUCGUAAAUAAUGUCAUAAAUAUUGUAAUUAAUAAAGCUAAUUUUUGUCUAGUCAACACAGCUUUUGAAAAUAUUUUGUUUCUUAACAGUUGUUAAAAUUUCUGUUUAUCACAGUAUUUAAAAACCAUGUUCUAUAUCCAAAAAUAACUUGAAAAGUCAGGGACUGAUAGGCAUGU